CAUCCCGGGUUCACCCUGGUUCUGUUGUGUCUCCCUCAGGGUGACCAGGAGCUGAAGUCCGUCGCCCCGGGCAACGAGCCAGCAGACCCCAGCGGCAGCGGCGCCGCCGCCAGAGCCGAGGUGGAGCCGGACAAGUUCGAUUUCCCCCCGGAGUCGGACGAGGAGUACAUGGUGGUGGAGGAGGCCGACUCGGCGGCCGCCGGCCGCGACAAGAAGACGGGGCUGACGCGCAUCGAGAGCUUCAAAGCCACCUUCUCCAAGGAGAACAUGAGCAAGACCCGCGAGAACCUGGGCACCAAGGUCAACAAGCUGGGCGAGCGCAUCGUGACGGCCGAGCGCCGCGAGAAGAUCCGCCAGUCGGGCGAGCGGCUGAAGGCCAAGCUCAACCCCAAGAAGGAGAGGACUGUGGCGGAGGGCCAGGAAGGAGCCGAGGGCCCCGCCGAGGGCCCCGCGAAGACGGUCCAGCCCGUCCCCCCUCCCAAGGGCCGCAAGGCCGGCCCAGACGCCGCCAAGGGGGCGCAGGACGAGGGCAAGGCGGAGGAUUCGGAGGUGCCGAUGUACGACAUGAAGCAGCUGUCGUAAAGACCGAGACUGAAGCUCUGUCUCCGUCCACACGGUUUAUCUGAAUGAAGUGAUAAUGAAUGAAAAAUGUCUUCUGGGAAGUGUAAAAUUUGAUGGAAUUUCAUGAAAAUCGACUGAAAUCCGUCGGCCUCGUCUGAUUUUCUCUUGAUGAUAAUUGGCUUACGCUGAUGGAAACCUUAUUAACCGAAUAAAUAAUGAGUUGUGAUUAAGUUUUAGAUCAUUUUAUGGUUGCAACCUGCCACAAAACGCAGAAGAAGAAGUUGUAGUUCAUGUUCCCCAGUAU